AUGGGCAUAUUCGGUGAGAAGGCGAUCCCGAUCCGGAAUGCGGUGCAUAUUCAUGCCUCGAAUAUGACUGUUGCUGUGUUACUGCUGCUGCUGAUGUUAUUUAUUGGUGAUGCAUUAAGUGCAACCGUGCUAGAUGAUGUUCUAACUCUAACGAAAAAUGGAGUUAGAGUAGAAGUCGAGCCUGAUCAGCUCGACUAUCCUGCAGAAGUCGACUUGCGGCGUUCUUCAGCCUUCAGCAGCUCGAGCUCAAGCCGACCAAGCUCGAAGUUCGUGAACACCUUAAGAUCAUCACCACUGAUUAGUUCGAGUGGCAUUAGCAAAUUUUGGGACAGAAACUUGGAAAUCAACAAUAGACGAGCACCUCAAUUAGCACAGCCCACCUCAAUAAUGCCGUUAUCAAGGUAUCGCAAACUACACCACGGCGCUCUCUCAUCAUCAACAAGAAAUAAUUUGUCUAGAUUUCACACCAAACAAGGCUUAGGCAGCAAUCCAAGCAUCGAUUCGGCGGAACCACCGAAGCUGAGCACAUUCUCGAGGAAUUUCACCGAACAACACUUAAAUUUACGUGGUGAAAAUUCAUCAGUUUUAUUCAAUGACCGACGACAAGCAUUGUCCUCCUCCUCAUUAUCGCCGCCGCCGCCGCCGUUAUCGGAUGAUGACACUGGAAAAAAAAUGUCGAUGGUCUAUUCGACUGGCGCCGAUUUACAACGAUUACCAUUCGAAAGAGAACGUGCUAUGGUCACAGAGAAUACAAAUAAAAUAUUUCGGUGGUCGAUAGAUGAUGAUCAGCUGGCUGACAUGUUGUCAUCAACAACAAUUUCAUCGUCGCUGAUACCGAUUUCUGAUAAGUGGCAGAGGCAAGCUGCUGCCACAUGGUUUAAUGAGCGACCGCCGCCGCCGAUACCAGCAGCAUCGAUACCAGCAGCAUCGAUACCAGCAGCAGCAUUUCGAUUUCAAUCGGCAUCAUUCGAUCCACCUCUAAACAGCAGCGUCGUUCCCGUGCUGCUACGACGACGAACUAGUUCCCGUGCUCAAGAACUACCACCACUUGUACGACGACCACAACAAGCAGCAGCAGCAGCAGCACUUAACUUUCAGCAACAGUCUUCUUAUUCAGCUGCUAGAGAUGCAGCUGAAAAAGCAGCUCUAGCUGGUAUUUCGGAUUUAUCUGCCGCAGCAGCAGCACAUCGACGACCGCCGUAUUCGACGUCGUCUACUAGCAGUCGGCGGCGGAUAUCAACAGCCAAUCAAAAACAAAACCCUUCAAGUGUCAUCGUAAGCCACCACCACCACCACAACCAGCUGAAUCCAUCCAUCGCUCCUCACCAAUCGCCGCAUCCACAACAAAAUUCAAUCGUGCAAUAUUCACGUCUAGCGCCAGCUCCUCCUCUCAGACCUGUUUCUGCAACUUCCAAUAAUAUUGUCGAGUCAAUUUUCGCUCAGUCUCAAUUGCGCCGACGAGGUCACAUCGAUAACGCUGCUAAACCGACUUAUGUAUCUGGUGUUUCAGUUAGUGAUGCCGAUGCACAUGGUGCUACACUAGCGAAUAUUUUACGUAGUAGUGGUGGUGAUAUUUCUGGUAGUUUGCUUGCAAAUCCAAUUAUGCCCACCAUGAUGGCCAGCACUUUAUCGUCCAAUACAGCACGCCAACCUAAUGUCAGCCAUACAACUACAAAUAGCAGCAGCAGCAGCAUUCAUUUUGAUCACGCAUUAAUGCCAUCUACCGAUAAACUACCGUAUUAUGGCAAAUAUUGCGGUAGUUUCUCAGAGCCGGUGGAUGCAAAGAAACAAUUUGGUAUAAGCGGUGCUGUAUGGGCUGUAGACGACAAUCAUUUCAUUGUAUCGAAAUUCAAUUUCAGACCAGGUGCAUUGGAUACAGAGAAUGUCACAUUCUGGGCUGGUCCGCAGCACAUAACUGGUAAUGUGUUCGAUGAUAUGCUGCCGAGCGUGAACGGCUUUUAUUUAGAGCCGAAACCGAUUGAUUUAUCUGCGGCGUUUCUAUCGAAACGAAUUUUAAUAAUUCAAGCGAGAGUUCGUGGUCAAAUUCAAGAUACUAGUAGUAGUGGUCAUAGAGAUAAUGAAACGAACACAGCAGAUGCAUUAGUUGAGUAUUCUAGUGGUAAUGGUACAGCAGCUGAAAAUUACCUGCAACUGCAAGCAACUGUAAAUGAUUCUAAAACUGUAGCAUCUGAACUCGACGAUGCAACUGCCACGUCUUCAAACUCGACUACUGAUCAGCAUAUGACGACUGUUGCUGAUGAUGACUGUUGUUGUGAGUUUGCAAGCACAGAAACCACCGAGAUUCUACGCACCAAAUCAAGUGAUACUCAUCAUGCUCCUACUAGUGAUAGCACAGAGACUACUGCUUCAUCACAUUGUUGUGCUUGCAAUAAAUCAUUAAUUCGUGAAUCCGUUGCAUCAUCAUCAUCAACUAAGAACAAAGCAGCAGCAGCAGCAUCAUCACGACCGCUUGGUUGGUAUGCAGCAGCCUAUAGACCGCUUCUGCUCACAUUACCUGAUCAGAGACAUCUGAAACAAACCUAUUGGCUGGCUUUGCUAGAUCAUAAACGAAAUCAAAUCAUCAGUUCAGUGCUAAUACCAAAUGGAGCAGCUUUUAAAGUGCCAGCAAGCAUUCGACUUCGACCGUUCACUGCAAUCAAUCAAUCAGCAUCAUCGAGCACUCGUCUCAAAUACGCUAUCAGCUCGGGUCCAAUCGAAGUGAUCGAUAUGAAAACGAUCGUGAUCAACAAUUUUACGCUCGAAACGAAUGGUUUAGCUGUUUGGUUCAUGUUCGGCAAAGAUCUUUUGCCAAACUCGGAUGGACAUAUUUUGCCAAUUUAUGAUAGGACAGUGGAUGAGCAGCAGCUGAAGGCAUUUGAUUGUGAUUCACUGCGUGAGUACAGCAAUGAAGAGGUGGCGUUACGUCUUCCAGACCCGUUCGAUAUAACCGAUGUGUUUUGGCUUUCCGUAUAUUCGUUAGCGGAGGCCGUUUCAUUGUCGCAUUUGUAUGUGCCUUACAAUGAUAUGCAUCUACCACCAGAUUUGCGGGCCAUCCCAGUAGGUUCANUGCAUCUUGGCAUGUUAUAUUCACUUAAUACGUUUAGUUUAUAA